GACAUUGAACAGUAGCAGGUAUACGCCAAGUCCGUUACUAUGUUAAAACAAUUAAUUUAACUCUGUGCGAGAUGGGUUUAGUUAGAACUUGUAUAUAUAUUAUGACAGACAUUCACUUGCCGAUUUACAUAAACUGUUUGUGGAAAUUACGGUAGCAACUGUUCCUUCGUAACCGAUUAAUAACGGAAUUUCAAGUUUUGGCAAACAGGGGCGUGCUGUAUUGAUAAACAGCUCUACAGGACGUAUUGAACAAACAGGGCUGACAUUCGGUGUUUGUGUCACUCGGGGCGUACAAACUAAGAUUUUCUUGAUUUGUAAAUAUGCAAACAGACGGGCCUUUCAAAGGCAGACACGUUGUUCCCAAGAGACGGGUACGGAAUAACAGUGGCAGCGGUGAACGCGAUAUCCAGCAGGUCUUUAAAGAUGUGAUCGGAGACGUACAUUGUAACAUUGAGAGUGAUGGAGCUACGGCGAAUUUUCUAAAUAUUCACACUGUGAGGAACGGAGCGCGUCCGAGGAAGAAACAAAAUAAGGACUUAGCUGCAAAGAAUUCACUUGCAAAUCAAGGUGUGCUUAGGAUAAGUCCGAUUGCAAAAGUGCAGAUUAAGCCGAUUAAGGUUGUUGUUACCCUUCACGAUACAGAACUGAACACAGUUGACAAGGAUCAUGACGCAAAUGAGUUAGAUAAAAGUAAACAAGAACACGAUAACUAUAAGCAAAACGGUCUUCUCGGUAGACGUAUCUUUAGGCACCAGUUUCAACGCAAGUCUAAACGGAAAUAUCACCGGGUUGAAGGUUUUCACACGGAUGAUGAUGGUGAUACUUCUGACAACUGCGGUUCCUCGGUGUUCAGUGAUCAUGCAUAUAGCGAUGGCGAGGAAAUAUAUGCCGUAGGAGAGGCCAAUUCUGUUAAGGAGGUGAAGAAAACCCGGUCAUUGUCCAUCUGUUCGGAGGAUUACGUACCGUCGUGGUUAUCGAAAGAUAUUCAUCAAAUGAAUAAGUCCAAGAUUAAGCACGAGUUGACAAUUAGUGCAAACGAUUUGCUAGGAAACGGUGCAAGUUGGUCAUUAAAUGAGUCGAGAAGGUUCAAGCAAGUGUCACCACAGAGAGGUUCUCAAGCAAGUAAAACGGACCCAAAACAAAGCCAAAAGGCACACGAGGAUAUAGAAAAGGAGUAUUUAGAUUUGAGAAAACAUUUAAACACUAAUACCAACGAAAACGAAAGGCAGUUUGUGGCUCACCAACACGCUGUUCGCCAAGUUCAUAGCGAGAGCCCCACCUUGCCGCGAUAUAUAACGUCACAAUCAGAGGAUCGCCGAAGUCAGUUUGAAUCGGAUGCUCUGGGUAUAAAUCACUUUAAAAAGCAUAUCUUGAACGUUAAACAGUCCAGCAAGAAAUUUAGGCGACGUUUAAGGAAUCAUGAUGAUAGUCAAAAGCAGACCAAACGAAAACCGUUGCGUUUUAUCACAAUUUAUGAAGGAUGACUGAAAAAUCAAUUUACAAAAAACACACAAUUUAAACAGGUUUCCAGCAACUGCAUAAUAGAAGAAAUGUUAUCAAAAUGUGUUCGUCCUAUGUUAAUUUCUUUGUGUAUUGUAUAUACAUUCUGCACAUAUAGUAAAUGUAUAUUAUUAGUUACUUAUAAAGCGUUGAACUGUUUAGCAUACGUUUAGCCGUAUUUACAAUUAUUAUUGCUGUUGUUUGCAAAUGUGUUUAUGUUAUGAACAUUUGUCGCGCUUUCGUUUAUUCUUUUCACAAAACUGAUCUGAUUUGUCCUGUAGAGACACCAGUAUUAAUAUUUCAGGCGAUUAUCUUUAAGUUAUAAAUUGGCAAUAUGUAUACGCUAACAUUCUUCGCCGUGUGUAUAUCUCUGUGGAUAUAUGCAUAUUAUCAGAUAUCUAUAUAUUAUCGUUGAACGUAUGGUGAUACGCCAUUUUUUUAAACAUUUGUUUUAUAUUUUAGUUUGUAAUUGCACAUCAGUAACAUUACACGUUAAUGCUGUCUAAACAAUUGACAAAUAUGUGUACCAGAAAUGUCAUUUUCUGAUAGUGUGCCAUCUCAGGCUAGUUUGCGUUGUAUUUAUUGUAUUAUUUGAAAUAAAGUUUUGCCUGUCGAAAAUGGAUUACUAAUAAUAACUUACUCUAUGCAAACGGAAUUUUCAGAGGAACAAAUGAAGGUGUGACAAUUGAAUUGUCAUUUGAUGGUGGUUCGAUGAAAGGCAUUUUUAGAAUAUAAAAGUAAGUUUAAAUAUUCUGAUAAAUAAAAGUUUAUAAUGAAAGA